AUGCACUUGCCAGAAACAGCAAUGGAAAUCAAACACCCACGUCGCAUUCUCGUGUUAGGCAGACCAGAUAGCGACAUUUCUCGCGUUGUCAAAGGUAGACCAUACUCUGUUCCGCGAACCCGCACAUGUUUAACGGCAGCACAGGCUCAUNNCACUGCGACAGAUCUGACGGGUUCUGCACCCACCCUCGACCCAUCUACUGGCUCCCUUGCCGGAGUGACGCACGAAUGGACAAUCAGCACCCCAUACUACACAGCCGCCAUCCCCAUCUGGAUUGACGAAGUCAUCGACGUCGAAGCCUGGAAAGCCGACUUCCUGAAACCCGAAGCUCAAGAAGUGGUCGACGCCUUGGGCGCAUGGAUCUAUUGCUUUGACAGCGCAAAGCAAGAGUCAGCAGAGGAAGCCAAGAUAUCCGAACAAGUGGAAAAGACCAUGAAGGCUGUUAGUGAGGUGGUGGAGAAAGCCUGUGGCAUCAUGUGGGAUGGUACGCGUCUUGCCAUCGACCUCACACCCUCCAACAAAGACAAGUCUACUGCUGUUGCCGAAGAGAUAUGUCUGGAUUUCGGAUUCGAGUACAUUCACAUAGCUGCGACAGGCAAAAACGAAUAUGGAGAAAAGCUAGGUCUGGACAGGGCGAAAGAGGCACUUGAAGCAAAUGAAUGGUCUGCAUCUUCCGUAGACGAAGAUGAUGAAGACAAUAUCGGAGGCAUGGAUGACGAACAAGCGCAGAUGAAUGCUGAGCUUUGGGGUAUGAAGGCUUCUCUGCUAGAUCCGGAUAAUGAAGGCGAUGAGGAUGAGGGAAGUGCUUUGCAGAUUGAAGGCAUGGAGCAGAUGAUGAGUCAGUUGAUGGCUAUCNNAAAGACUACUGCCGGCAUGCCAGAGAACGAGCGCAAGCGGUAUGCUGCUCGAGCUGUUGACGAUCUUAUGAAGAACUUUGAUUGA